CUAUAGACCACAGCCAGUCAGCCACAUCACUAGCUAUCUGUGCAGAGGCAAUGGCGUCCAAGGUUGAGCUGGUGGUGGAGGUCAAGUCCCCGGCUGACAAGCUGUGGGCGGCGCUGCGUGACUCGACGGAGCUGUUCCCCAAGAUCUUCCCCGAGCAGUACAAGAGCAUCGAGACCGUCGAGGGCGACGGCAAGUCGGCCGGCACCGUCCGCCUCCUCAAGUACACCGAGGCGGUGCCGAUGCUGACGUUCGCCAAGGAGAAGCUUGAGACGGCGGACGACGAGAACAAGGUGGUGUCGUACAGCGUGGUGGACGGCGAGCUGGCGGACUUCUACAAGAACUUCAAGAUCACGCUGAAGGUGACUCCGGCCAAGGCGGAGGGCGAGGGCGGCGCCGUCGUCAGCUGGGCCAUGGAGUUCGACAAGGCCAACGACCAGGUGCCUGACCCGGACGUCAUCAAGGAGACCGCCACCAAGACGUUCCACGACCUCGACGACUACCUCCUCAAGAACUAGAUGGAGCGAGAACUGGAGAUGGUCCAGUACAGUACAGUUCCAGUCCAUUCAUCGACGCGUCACAGUUUACUAGUGCACGUCGCUGGUGUGGUGUGGUGCCCGUGCUGGUUCCUUAAUUUGCUUACUAGCUAGCUACGUACCGCGGUCCGUGUCCUUGUCUCUGGCUGAUGUUUGCUGCCUGCGUCCGUCGUGCAUCCGACGACGUGUCGUUGCGUUGCGCACCGGUCCUCCGAGUCAAUAAAGCUCUCCGUGUUCAUUGCGCA